CUGCGCGCCGCCCGGUGUGAGGCCGAGUCCGGCAAGCCGCGGCGCCCGGUGCCCGAGCCAUCGCGGACGCUGGAGGGUGGGCCCCGGGAUAGGGGCAGCAGCUGGCGGCGCGGGACUGCGAGCUGCCUUCAGGUUGACGAUGCCAGUAUGGACAGAAUAGCUUAUGAUGCUUAUUCCCACCCAUCACUUCCGAGACAUUGAGCGGAAACCAGAAUACCUCCAGCCAGAGAAGUGUGCCCCACCUCCCUUCCCUGGUCCCGCGGGAACCAUGUGGUUCAUCCGCGAUGGCUGUGGCAUUGCCUGUGCCAUUGUCACCUGGUUUCUGGUCCUCUAUGCGGAGUUUGUAGUCCUCUUUGUCAUGCUGAUUCCAUCCCGAGACUACGUGUACAGCAUCAUCAACGGAAUUGUGUUCAACCUGCUGGCCUUCUUGGCCCUGGCCUCACACUGCCGGGCCAUGCUGACGGACCCCGGGGCAGUGCCCAAAGGAAAUGCCACUAAAGAGUUCAUCGAGAGCCUUCAACUGAAGCCUGGGCAGGUGGUGUACAAGUGCCCCAAGUGCUGCAGCAUCAAGCCCGAUCGGGCCCACCACUGCAGUGUUUGUAAACGGUGCAUUCGCAAGAUGGACCACCACUGUCCUUGGGUCAACAACUGUGUCGGCGAGAACAACCAGAAGUACUUUGUCCUGUUUACAAUGUACAUAGCUCUCAUUUCCUUGCACGCCCUCAUCAUGGUGGGAUUCCACUUCCUGCAUUGCUUUGAAGAAGACUGGACAAAGUGCAGCUCUUUCUCGCCACCCACCACAGUCAUCCUGCUCAUCCUGCUGUGCUUUGAGGCACUGCUCUUCCUCAUUUUCACAUCAGUGAUGUUUGGGACCCAAGUGCACUCCAUCUGCACAGAUGAGACGGGCAUUGAACGCCUCCAGCGAAAGAAACAGCCCAGGGAGCACUCGGGCAGCUGGAAGUCCGUCCAGGAGGCUUUUGGUGGGAACUUUUCCCUGAACUGGUUCAACCCUUUCACCAGACCUUGUCAACCAGAGACACCGAUUGACAAGGGCUUGGUACGGCAAGUGUCAUCUCUGUCAGACACAGACAACAUGGAAACAACUGAGAGCCAAUUGGAGGAGACAAAAGACAGGGACUCUGUGGAGGUGCUGGAUGAAUAGAGGCUGUGGAGAAUAAUGUACCAACAGUAGCUGCUGGCCUGAUGAGUACUCCCCAGCUCCCUGGGCUUCCACAGGCCACUCCCUUGGUGUUACCAACUCUGUCACCGCACCCUUUCUCCAGUUAGGACUAGGGGUGGAGUGUGGGUAGAGGAGAAUAGGGACUGGGAUGUCCUGGGGGAAGAAAGCCACUUCUGCUUCAUAUGGGCUGUCUUGGGGAGGUUGAGGGCCUUGGGGAAGGACACUGACAUCAGGGAUGACCAGCCAGAAAGUCUAGGGAUUCUCCAGCAAUUCCUAGGGAAGGGAUUCCUUGACUGGCUGGCUGUGGGAAUCAGGGAUAAAGGAGGGGCUACUGAACCUGCCCUCAGGACUUCGGCUUGGUUGAAAGAGCACCCCACCCACCUGCAUGCAAGCUGCCAAGAUGGAACUGAGCCUGAGUUAUGACUGUCACCCAAAAUUAGUUCCCAUCCUAUAGAUAAUAGACUCUUCUCUGAGACACAAUGGAGCCAGCCUUUCUGUGGCCACAAGUUUGCACUCCCAGCAGAGCUGGGAGAGGACAUAUAUUGAGCUCCUGGAGAAAGUCUCGUAAAACAUGGGGAUAAGUGCAACCAGAAAUGGCCACCUUUGCAUUUUAGAACAGCUCCUAAGAUGGUGCCUCAAAAAAAAACUGCAUGGCUGGACCCAGUGGCACAUGCCUUUCUUUAUUCCCAGCAUUUGGGGCAGGCAGCCAGAUCUUAGUGAGUUUUAGGACAGCCUUGUCUACAGAGCUCCAGGCUGCAUAGUAAAACCCUGUCUUCAAAAGAACAGCUGGUGGCCAGGACAUGCAGACUACUGGAUCUUGUCUGCUCACUGGAGAUUGGGGCAUCUGGCGAUUGGUGGCAGUCUGGGCAGCCUCCUGCACUCCCCAGUCUGUUGCAGUGGUAGCUGAAACAGCAGCUUCUGCGGUCUAGCCAGUUAUUCUCCAGAAGCAAAUCAGCUCCCCAGCACAGGCCUUGAAUUCCCCAGUGUUGCUGGCACUGAGUCUGAUGGAAGAUUGUGUAUUACAUCCCUUCUUCCAGCUCUGAGUCCUGGACCAAAUGAACCUACCUGUGGCCUUGGUGGCAUGAGUCAGUAUUGUUUGAGGUACUGUCUCAGGACACAGAGAGAGGAAAGCUAUGGAGAGCCAAGCAGUGGUCUCACUCUCAGGCAGCAUCCUAGGCAGUCCCUGGGGGGUAGAGGUCCAUCAGAUUUUUUAUAGUACACCCUACAGAGUGGCAGCAGGACUCCAGCAUUAACAGAUGUGGCCUACCCCACUCCACUGCAGAUGCAUUUCCUCCGAGCAGAUCUGCUUUAAUGUUUAUUAUUACUAACGUGAGGAGCCCAGGUUGGCCUACUGCUGACAUUGUUUGGAGGGAGCAGGCCUCUGGCUGCCCUAAUCCCAAACAGACCUGAAUGACCUAUGUGCUGGACCAUAUACCAGAGACUCCAGGAGAAAGAAAGGCUAGUGACCGAGUCUCCAAGGAGCAGCAGUUAACAGAAGGAAGGAGCUUUGGAGUCAGGAUCUGUGUUGAGUUCAGGCCCUCAAGAAUAUCCUUGCACCUGGCGCAGAGAUGCGUCUUCCUUGGACCAGCUUGACCAGCAGCAGAAGUGCUCCCCAGCCCUGCAGCCAUUUGUUUUCAGAGUACUUCCCCUAGAAAAGUUGAGGUGCGCAGGCAUUUUGCUCUCACAGGUUUAGAAGUCUUCCUCCCUCCUCAACAAACCCAUUAUCAUGUCAGGGCCUCAGCUGCAUCUCUCCCAAGUCCAGGAGGCACUGGACAGCCAGGAUCAUGUAGGUAGUAGUCUGUCCAGCCCUGAGCCUUGUGCCUUAACAGCAGGACACAGUGGCCUUCCUUCCAUGGUGACUCCUGAGAUUCUGCCCAGCACUGCAACUGAUAAGAAGAGGCCCAGUGUUUCUGGGAGGGAGGUCAGUUGGACACCUGCCUCUUAUUUGAAUAAAAGUUCUUUGAUCUAA